AACGUUAUGUCAUGGUGGUGGUCCGCUUAGCCUCUUCAACGUCAACUCUAAUAACCUACCUACCCAAGCACUAUGGCCUCCAACGAACUUGGGGCUGAGCCUCAAGUUCCUAGGCGAUCCUCGAGAAUUUCAGGGCAAGCAAAAGUAGAGACUCCUGCUCUUGCUAAGAAACCGAGAAAACCUUCAAAAGUGGGGACAAAAAGGGCAGCCGAGGAGUUUGACCAAGAUGAAAAGAACAAGAGAGCUAAAGCCGCUGAAGACAAGACGGUCAAGGAGGAUGAUGGUGUGGCAGACGGAGCGCCUAUCGACAUUGGCGAUAUUCUACCCUCGAUGACCCUCAAAAACGAGAAAGGCGAAGACAUUGAUACUGGUUCAAUCGCAGCAGAGAAGGGUAUUGUUCUCUUUCUUGUUCCGAAGGCUGACACGCCUGGAUGCACUACGCAAGCAUGUGGCUUCCGCGAUAUAUGGCAAGAAUUUACCUCGCUUAAUUAUGAUGUUUAUGGAGUCAGUGCCGACUCCUCAACUGCUCAGAGUAAAUGGCAAACCAAGAAGGAACUCCCAUUCCCCCUCAUUUCUGAUCCUAAGCGGUCAUUGAUAGGCGUUCUUGGGGCUGGCGAUGGAAAUAAGACGAAACGUAGUCAUUUUGUCUUUGAGAAGGGUGGCAAGCUUUUGGACAAGAAAAUGCCUGUGAAGCCGGUAGACAGUCCCCGUCUUGCAUUGGAAUAUAUCAAAAGCCUCAGGCUGAGCGAGUAGGCCACGAACACGCCCGCUCGGUCAAGUUUAUACUAUGAAUCCAUUUGAUCUCGUGUUGUUUCUAGAAAUUUGUACACCACUUACACACCGCAAUUUCUAGUUUAUCACUCACAACGACGCUGACGCUGGCACUGGCACUAGCUUAA